GUAUCCGUGUGUGUCUUGAUGAUUGCUAGUCAAUGGUUACUUGUGGCGUGACAGCGGCGCAGAGAACACGGCUGAUAACAGAUGCCUUCCACUGAUAACAUACAGCGAAACGCCCUCGCAAUUAAUUACAUCAUUCGGUAACAAAGGUGGCAAUGCUGAUCACGACGGUGCAGUUACUCACUUAGUAUCAAUUAAAAACUGGGCUAAAUAAAACAAAACAAUAUGAUGAAGGAUCCGAAGAUCCCUCCGAUACGAACCGUGCAGGAUGCAUACAGCUCAAAGAUCGAACUGGCAUACAAUGGAUCGCGAGAAGACCUGGAUCCAUAUGUUCCAGCUGAGCACAGACCUACGGAAUCUAAUACAUCGAGCUUCGGUGCGCUGGCUCAUCUACUGAAGGCGUCCCUCGGCUCCGGUGUGCUGGCCAUGCCGCUUGCCUUUAAGAACGCGGGCCUGCUCGUUGGAGUCAUUGGUACACUUAUCAUUGGCUUCAUAUGCGGACAUGUCAUACACGUGCUCGUGAAAACGUCGCAACAGCUGUGUGUUGAAGUAAAGAAACCAUCGCUCGGAUAUGCCGACACUUGUGACCUGGUGUUCCAAAAUGGACCUAAACCUGUCAGAAAGUUCGCACCUUUUGCGAGGGAGCUCGCAGAUUGGGCGCUAGCAGUCACACAUCUAGGGGCGUGCUGUGUUUACACCGUAGUCAUUGCUGAAUCCUUCAAACAGGUGUCAGACGUGUAUGGAGGCCCUAACUGGUCGGUGACCGUAUACUGCGGGUUGACUCUGGUCGUGCUUAUACCUUUAACACAAAUUAGUACGCUUAAGUACUUAGUACCAUUCUCUGCCUUUGCGAACUUCGUUUGGUUAGGCUCUAUUUGCAUAUCAAUUUAUUACUGCCUGAGGGACCCGCCGAAGAUCAGCGAGAGAAAUUUAGCUACUUCAAUUACCGGAAUACCGAACUUUAUUAGUACGAGUCUGUUCGCAAUGGAGGGCAUCGGAGUGGUAAUGCCCGUUGAGAACGAGAUGUCGAAGCCGCACCACUUCCUUGGCUGCCCGGGCGUGCUUAACAUCGCCAUGUCAGCAGUGGCCGUGCUCUACGGUUUCGUUGGAUUCGCAGGAUACCUCAACUUCGGAGAGCAAGUACGAGGCAGUCUCACAUUGAAUCUGCCUCAAGACGAAAUAUUAGCUCAAACUGCUAAAAUCUUGGUGGCGUGUGUAAUGUUGUUAUCGUUCGCGCUGGUCUACUACGUACCAGUAGACGUGGUGUGGCGACGGAUACAAGACAGAAUACCGGCUCGAGGAUAUAGAUGGGGCAUGGCUGCUCUCAGGUUCAUUGGGACUGUACUCAUUGUUGGGGUUGCCAGUGCGAUACCCAAAUUGGAACUCUUUAUGGAGUUAGUGGGUGCGGUCUGCUUGUCAGUGAUGGGUUUGCUGCUACCCGCUAUCGUGGAGACAGUGUGGCUCUGGGGCCGGGAUCUGGGACCCUGCAACUGGAUCCUCUGGAAGAACUGCCUCAUAGGAAUCUUCUCUAUUAUCGCCAUGGUAUCUGGGGUCGCCUACUCCAUUAUAUCCAUGUUGGAACAUCUGUGAU